UUGAUUUGUCAACAACAGGAGCCAUGUGAUGUACCUCAGUCUGAGAUGGAUAUCAGCGCCACAUCAGCAGCCUUGGAUGUCAGCAUGACCUCAGAGCCAGCUGUCGACCCAGCGGACACAAGUUUCGUCCCUUACUCCACCCCCUCCUCCUCAACCACAGGAAGCUCUACAAGCUUAUCAGCUCAACCCGGAGGCUGGCAUGAGAAGAAGUGGAUCGUGAAUGAGUCCAAGCUAAUGGAACUAUUUCAAAGAUGUCCAACUUGUGGAGCUCCCAUGUGUGAUGUAAACCAAAACAUAAAAGAAGUUGGCAGCCAAAUAACAAUAAAAUGGGAGUGCAAUGAAGGACACAGUGGGAAAUGGCAAUCGUGUCCCGAUACAAGAGGAAUGCCUGAGAAUAAUCUCCUCACAGCUGGUGCCACACUGUGUACAGGGGCAACCUACACGGACAUUUCUGACUGGGCUAAGCUUUUGAAUCUUCAGCUACCUCAACACACAACAUAUGACUCCAUACAGUCUUCAUAUCUCAUUCCAACCAUCGAGAAAGUCUACAAGAAGCGUGAAAGCACCGUAAAAGCCAGACUCAUCUGCCAGACUCUGGAUGGUGAAGAUGUGCACCUCUGUGGGGAUGGGAGAAGCGACAGCCCAGGUCAUUCAUCCAAGUACACAACUUAUUCUUUUAUGGAUGAUGCUACCAAACUUAUCGUUGGAUUUGAUUUGAUUCAGGUGACCCAAGCAAAAAAUUCAGUGGCCAUGGAACCGAUGGGUUUCAAGCAGGGAUUGGACAGGCUCCUAGAUGAAGGCAUUGCUGUGAAGGUCGUAACCACUGAUAGGCAUCCCUCCAUAAGGAAGAUUGUACGAGAGGAAUAUCCAGAAGUUACACACCAGUUUGAUCCUUGGCAUGUGGCAAAAGGGAUUAAAAAGAAAGUGGUUGUGGGCUCAAACAAGAGGAACUGCAGGGACCUUGCACCAUGGACAAAGAGCGUGAGCAACCACAUGUGGUGGAGCUGUAGCUCAUGUGAAGGAGACCCUACGGAGUUACAAAGAAGAUGGAUGUCCAUCCUCCACCACAUCCAGGGUGUCCAUCGAUGGGAGGAGGGUGAGCGCGAAUUCAGAUGCUACCACGCUGAACUCUCACCAUAUGAGCAGCGAGAGAGGAAGUGGUUGUCCCCUACCUCACCAGCAUAUAAAGCCCUGUGUGACAUUGUCAUGGAUACACGUCUCCUGAAGGAUUUGAACCACAUGACUCUCUUCAAGCACACGGGGGAACUGGAGGUGUUCCACAAUUCGUUGCUGAAAUACUGCCCAAAGAGGUUGCACUUCCCAUACCCCUCCAUGGUGGCACGGACAAUGUUGGCGGUCAUGGACCACAACGAAAACCACGAACAACCUCGAGAACAGGCAGUAACAGCAUCUGGUGUCAAAAGAACAAACCUGGUUUACCAAAAACAAUCAGGGCACUGGAUUGAAAGACCUGUUUACGUGGCCACUACCCAAAGGUUCAGACAUGAACUCAUGGAGGAAGUCAUCGAAAGAAGGAUGGACCCUACCAUAAGAUACAAAGACCCAUCCUCACGCAUUCGUGUCCCUGUGCUGGCAGCAAACAUCGGCCUGCCAAAACCCAGCAAGGAGGACGUUAGGAAAGGCCGUACAUCCAGAUUCAAAGCCAAAGACAAAAGGCCGUAAUCCAGAACUAAACAUUCAUUUUUCUAUGCGAGUAACGGUUUCAAUAUUUGGGGGAAAUUUCUGAAUAAGCCUUUAGAUAGAUUUGAUUCAAAAUAUGGUGGAGGAUAAUUGUUUCUGUUGGUGCAUAGAGGAACAAUAACUAUUGUGAAACCUUUAUGCUAAAUUUACAAUUUUAUAUUUUUUUGUGUGUGUAUCACUUGUACAGUAGUAGUUUCAUCACAUAAAGAGGCUAUAUUGGAUUACUAUAGACUAUACAUAUGCUAAGAACUAACAGCAGGACACAAAAUAAACAAACAACACAUUUAUAAUUACUGUACACAAAAACAAAUCUUUAUUUUUUAUCAAUGGUAUGUACAUAUAGGCCUACAUGUUUGUAAAACAAUAAACAACUGUCUCUAUUUACAAAUGAGUGUUGGUGUGUGUUGACUUCAAACUUGCAAGUGAAAUGACUUUUGCAUGCAGAUGGGUCCUGCAGACAGUAUGUGUAGCCUAUGGUUGAUGAUGCACAUGUUAUUUGUAAACAUAAUACCAGUACAUUUGUCUGUAGCCUAUAUGCUUGCAAAGCCAUGUAAAGUUUGCCAUAAAUGUCAGAAAACCUACUAAAACACUAGGCCUGGUUUUUCUAAAAUACUAUGUCCAUGGCUUCCUGUACCUCCUGAAAACCAGCGUAGACACCAGACUCCGAUGGGAAUUUCUGACGGAUUGCUGCAACCACGCAUGAUGGAAGUGGUGUCCGAUUUCCUUUUCCCAGCGUUUCUCCCUUCAGAGCCC